AUGCCAAUAAAAGCAUCAGAUGUAUUCAAGUCUAUGAUUAGAUCUAGAAGACGCCCUCAAGAAAAGCCUGUUAAGGAUAUUAAGGUAAAUAGAGGAACCAAAUAUAAAACUGCAAAAUAUUUUGACUUUUCUUAUCACCAAGAAAUCAAGAAAACUAAGAAACACUUAAGUGAGGAUAAAAAGAUGUCUCCUUUAAUUAGAAUGCUUGAGAAACAUCAAAUAUCUCGUUCUACUCCAUUAGAUCCAAGGAAGGGCUCUUAUUAUGAGUACAGUAAUGGAUUUAAAGUAAGUAUUGUGACAUAUGAGGGAAUUGAAGCGAGUAGUCUUACUAUGAGUUUUGAUAUAUCUCCAGAUAUGAUCCAACAAGAGAAGAUUCCGGGAUUAUAUCACCUAACUUUCCAAAUAAUGUUUUUAAUGGAAUUUAUAGUAGAUAAUGAAAGCAUUGGUUUGGUUAAGAAACAAUCCUUUAAAGAGUACCUUUAUAGUAUUAAUGGAAGUUUAUCUAUUAAAUAUAUGCCUUCUUGUAUGAUUGUAAGCUUGAGUAGCCCAUCAGCUCAUUAUAUUCAGGUAAUUGAAUAUUUUUUUGAUUCCAUUUUCUUAACUUUUAAGGGAAGGAAACGGAAUAUUGUAAUUAAUCAAAAUGUGGUUGAUGCAGCUUUAAAAGAGCUUGAUAUGACAUAUUUGGACCUUAUCAAUGAUGAUACUGUGCUAAGAUUUGAGUUAUUAAGAGAUAGCAUUAGAAGGAAUGAAAAUAGUUUUGUAAAAACCAAUAGCUAUAGUGCAAUAGCUCUAACAUCUCUUUGGUCAAUGGGAACAAAUCAAACAGUUAGAUCUUUAAUUGAUGAUGAUGUAUUACAGUUGGAGAUGAUGAAAGCUUACAAUCGUAUAGUAAAGGCUGAUGGUGCCAUUUUAGCUAUCCAAACUACAAUGCCCUAUAAACAAUUACUUUCCUUGUUAAAAGGGAAGUUUCAGAUCCCCUUUUUUAGUGAGGUGACUUCUAAGGAUUUUAAUAAAAAAAAAUCAUCUGAAAUAAAUUUUGAUAAUAUCGAAGAUAAUCUAAAUUCUAAAAUGUCAAUGCCUAUUAUGGCAAUACCCCAACCCAAAUCGAUUAUUAUAGAACAUACUAGUUUGAAUCCAAAUUCAAAUAGUAUCGAAAUACAGUGGAUUUUGCCUUCUUUCCUAUCAUCUAUUGCAGCUUCUUCUAGCUCCAAGCCUCUUAAAGUAUUAGCUCAUUUGUUUGAGUCAGGUCCACUUCUAGAUUUUCUCUUAAGACGAAAUUUAGUAGAUGAUAUAAAGAGUGGAGAGAUUUAUCUAACAGCUUAUUCAUCAGAUAAAUUUGGAUUUACAGUCUUUUCAAUUUUAUUCAGUAUACCUGAAAAAAUAAAUAGUUCGGCAUCUUCACCUUUGGUACAAUUUAUAGUUCAGGCAACUUUUACCUAUAUAAAGAGUUUGAUUAGACAAAUAGAUGAGAGUGUAAAGGUAGGAAAAGUCAUUAAAGAGAAUAAUACUUGCAAUAUUUCAGAUAUUCAUCCUAUAAAACGACUUAUUAAGGAUAUACGUAUUAUAGAAAACCAAAUAGCUAAUUCUAUGUAUUAUAGCUCUUUUACCAAAAAUUCACUUUAUGAUGUUCAUCAGUCUAGUGAAGACUUUACUGAAAUAUUGGUACAGAAUAUGAAGGUUCACAAUCCUAGCGAAGUUAUGAUUGGGAAUAAUCGUUUUUAUUCAAGUGACCAAGGUAUUCUUCAAGCUGUUAAGCAUGCUCUUGUAUCCAAUUUUAGAGAAACAAAUUUUAGGCUUUAUAUUUCAAAUAAAAAUCUAGAAUCUAGACUUGAUGCAAAGGUAUUAUCACUAAAGUUAAAUACUACACAAAGUAUAAAAUAUUUGGAGAUAGAAUUUGAUCCUAAAUUUAUUUUAAUGCUGAGAAAUAAUAAUUUAAGUCAACAUCUGGGGUCUUUAGAUCCUUUAAAAGAUAACCAAGAUGUAAACGACUUAUUUAGUGAAUAUUUAUUUAAUUCAACUCCAAACAAAAUAUUGGAAACUUCUGACCUCACUUUUGUUGAUGGGGAUUCUGAUUCUAUGAGAUAUAGUAAUAACAAAAAUAAAACAAGACGGAUUCCUGAAACUGUGCCAUUCAUUUCAAAUCCAAUAUUAGUCUCAAACAGUUCAAACAUAGCUAUUUAUUAUUCGAGUAUAGCCUACUCUAAUAAAACAAAAGAUAUCAUUCAGAGUUCUUUAUCGUCAUCCUAUAUCAGGUGGUAUGAAGGGACAAGAGAUUACUUGCCUUCUCAGUCCAAUUUCUCUAAAUCGGAAGGUUCAUUAUCUUUGUAUUCAUUCAUAUCUAGAUUUCUCUUUGCUAUUUGGAUGAAUAUGAUGUUGGCCUCUCCAUUGUUUAUGUAUAAAAGUGCUGGGGCUUAUGUUAACUUUCAUUCUUGUUCUCAAUCUGGAACUGCACUACCAUCUAAUUGUUUUGAGCUUUAUGUUGUUGCACCUUCACCAACUUUCCCAACAAUUUUGCGUGACUCAGUUCAUUCUAUAAAUCUCCUCGCUUCUUUAGAUAUUAGUGAGUAUAUGGCUAACUCAAUUAGAGAAGCUGCAUUAGAAGAUAUUGCUGAAAUUCUAAAUGGUGAUAGUGCAACAUAUUUAUGUGCUGAAAAGGUUCAAACUCUUUUAUUACCAGAAAUGACGACAUUGAACCAGUUAAAUGAAACUUUAAGUUCAUUAUCAGUAGAACAGAUUAUAUCUCUUAUUAAAAGAAAUAUACAUCCUUUAGAGAAUCCAAAUAUCCGGCUUAUUGGAUUAAUUUCUCAUAUUGAAAGGAUAGACAAAGGUGCACCUCUAGUUAGAAGUAUUCUAGUUCCAAUAUCAGACGUUUCCAAAGUUUCGGAUAGAGAUGCAGUACUUCAAAACAAAAUCUCAACAAAUCCAAAUUAUUCAGAAAUUACCUUGCAAUAUCCUAUUUUGGAGGUAGUGAGAAGUACUAAAACACGUCUAUAUUUUAACUUGGAUUCUAAUAGUUUGGACAAUUCAGAUAAAGGUAAUGCAUCAAGUUUAUGGAUUCAUAUUCCUAAUAGAGAUCAAAAAGGAAAUAUAUUUUCAUUACUCUUGAGCAGAAUUUUGAGGCUUUGUUUCAGAAACUAUUACAUACCAACUAGUCUAAUAAUUAAUCACACUUUAAAGUCUCAGUUGCAACUUAUUGUAUUUCCAUCUCCUUACAUGAAGCAACUUGGACUAAUGUUAGUACUUGAGUCAUCAAGUAACGAACAUCUCAACAUAAGUUUAUCAGUAAUUAUGCUGGAUUUUCUUAUAUUUAUGAAACAAUUUAUAUCUGAGACUUUUAUAGAAGAUUCAAAGUGGGCCCAGACGAGUUUUAUAAGACAUUUCUAUCCUUCUUUUAAACAAAUAUCCACUGAAGUCAUACUACAGUUACUUAGAUCCCAGAUUCAAAUUGAUGAACAAACUGCCUUUAUGUUUGGUAGAAUAGUAUCCAAUUCAGAGCCCAACAAAAAUAAGGUACUAAGUACUCUUUCAGCGGAAGUCCUGAAUAAUAUUACAUUUGAAAAACAACGAAUGUAUCGUUCUGCAGGAAAUAUAACUAUUGCACACACAAUGAGCUAUUUAGAUAUGCUUAUUGAUGACAGCUCUAUGGUUUUAGUUGAGAAAGGCUUUAUAGUGGAGAGCAGAAAUAAUCUUAGAGAUUUACUAGACAAGCUGAAAUUCGAGUCCUAA